GGGGAGUAGGGAGGGCGGAGGAUAGAAGAAGUGGGGAACCCGAGGAGGUGGAGGUCUGGUGUCCAGGAGACGGGGCGUGACGGGGCUGGAAGGUGGCGGGAGGGGGCCGGGCAAGAGCGGGCGGGAGGGCCAGGCCUGGAGGCCCCCACCCUGGCGUGCCCGGCCCGGCCGCGAUUGCGGAGGAAGAGGAGGAUGAUCUCCAGAUACACUCGGAAGGCUGUGCCACAGAGCUUGGAGCUGUGGGAGAAAGAAAAUUUUCUUCGGAAUUCUCUCCUUCCAGCCCUGCCGGACUUUGUCCCUUCUACCUACAUCUCCAGCUAAGGCCUGUGCUGUCCCAGGGCUUGGCCCUUUUGGGCGGCACUUCCCGAACUUUGAUCUCCUAAAGUACUGGUAGUUUCCGCAAAAAGUUAUCAAUAGCAGACUGUUACAAUGAAGUUGGACGUAUCUAGUGCCAGGCACCGUGCAAAGCUGCUUAUAUUAGCUCACGUAAUUCUAUUCAACGAGGAUAGCUGAUGGGGACUGUUACUUCGCAUUCUACAGAUAAAGAUCCCAGAUUUAAAGAUUAUAGCAUGCCAAAGAUUACGCAGACCAAAAGUAGUGGAGCUGAAGUACAAAUCCGGUGUCAAUCUUGUUCUGAAGCCUCGGUCACAACCAUUACACGUACUGCCUCUCCGUUUCUACAGUUAAACAUCAGUAUCCACAAGGAUCAGUUUUGAUGUGAGAUUUUAGAAAGCAAAUAUUCUGGCUAAAAGACACCCCCCGCCCCGCCCCCAACGAAGUGCUGUAAUUUAGAAAGGAAUAACAAAGUAUGCUCUUAGCCAUCACCCCCUUCCGGAGCAGCUGGAUGACAUUUCCUCUAUCAAUGACAGCCACUCAAAAGACACAAGUUCCCAAAGUGAGUCUGACAUCACACAAGAAUCACCUGUUACAUCAGCUGAUACUGGGAAUUCAAGGUCUGCUUUUCCAAGUUAUACAGGCACAGGGAUCUCUACCGAAGGCAGCUCGGACUUCUCCUGGGGAUAUGGAACUUGAUCAAAAUGCCACUGAGAAAGUCCAGGCAAUGUUCACAGCCAUUGAUGAGCUCUUGUACGAACAGAAGCCGAGUGUACAUACUAAGAGUCUACAAGAGGAGUGCCAACAGUGGACAUGUAGUUUUCCUCACCUCAGGAUUUUGGGUAAGCAGAUAAUCACUCCAAGUGAAGGUUAUGGACUGUAUCCUAGAUCCCCUUCUGCUAUUUCAGUUUCACACGAGGCAGCACUGUCUCAGGAAAGAGAUUCUACUAUAUUUGGUAUUAGGGGAAAGAAGCUACAUUUUUCAACUCCUUAUGUUCAUAAAGCAUCUUCCAUUGCCAAAUUCCCUGGCCUGUGUUCUAUGGGAAAAGAAGAGGAAGACUGUGUAAUCCUCUCGGAAGGGGUAAUAGAGGAAUAUCUAGCAUUUGACCACACAGAUACGGAAGAGGGGUUUCAUGGAAAGAAAGCAGAAGCAGCUACAGAGAAACAGAAAUUAGGGUAUCCCCCCAUCGCUCCAUUUUACUGCAUGAAAGAGGAUGUCCUUGCUCACGUGUUUGAUGACGUGUGGAGCAAGGUCCUGAGCUGUAUGGAGCAGUUGACACGUACUCACUGGGAGGGAUUUGCUUCUGAUGAUGAGAGUAAUGUUGCAACCACCAGAUCAGCUUCAGAAAGCCCCUGUGUGCUAAGUGAGCCACAACCUUUGGUCUUACCUCGCGUGCCACAGUCUAAGGUGCUGUCGAUGACCUCCAAUCUGAUGAGUCUCUGUCAAGCAGCAAGUGGUCAUCAGCCAAAUGUGAAUGGUCUCUUGGUUCACGGAAUGCCUCUACAGCCAAGAAAUCUCUCCCUGAUGGACAAAAUCCUAGAUCUCGAUGACAAGCUACUUAUGAGGCCUGGGUCCAGUACCACCCUUUCGACCCGAAAUUGGUCAAAUCGAGCCCUAGAGCUUUGUACAUCAUCUCUGUCAUACACAGUGCAGUCCGCCAGGAGGCGCAAUCCCCCACCACGAACCCUGCAUCCCAUCAGCACAAGCCAUUCCCGAGCUGGAACACCAAGACCUGUGGAAGAAAUCCUCAGAGGAUCCCGAGUCCAGGUGAUGGCUGACUCGCUCUCUACUCCCUCACCAAUGCCCCUGAGCCGAAAUAAUCUGCUGCCACCUAUUGGCACAGCCGAAGUGGAACACCUGAGCACUGUGGGGCCACCACAAAGGCAAACGAAAACCCACGGUGAUGCUAAUCGUGCUCGAAGUGCAGUGGUGGAUGAGCCUAAUCAUCAGCAGCCCCAGGAGAGGCUCCUUUUACCUGACUUUUUCUCCAGGCCCAACACAACUCAGUCAUUUUUGCUGGACACGCAGCAUCAUCAUUCAUGUACUGCUGAGUAUCCUCACCAGGCCAGACCCGGGAGGGCAUCUGCAGGGACAGGUCCUCAACCACAUGGGUCUACAGUAAAGUCUCAAAACAGAAGUGGGCCAGUCUCCAGAACCAGGCAGGGACCAUAGGGCAAAUGAGAAGAACCUGCUUCAGGCUGCAGCAAACACGUGGGAAGAUUUCAUAAGCCAGUGUUCAUGUGAUGCAGACUUUGUAUAGAAGAAACAACUUGAAACUAUCUUCAUGGAGAGUUAUUUUGGUACAAUCCACCAAAGAUUACAUGGGUACUGUUUCUAUCUCCAGUUACUGUCUUCUUUCAGCAUUAAUUUGAAUUAUUCCAACAGACAGUAAAGUUUGCACCAAAAGAUAUAACAAAAGAAUAAUUACUCCCAAAUCACUGCUCAUGUUGUCUGUUAACAAUGAACAGUUCAAUUAUUAUAGGAUCCUAUAAGACUAUACAUACACAAAAAACAGCAAAUUAUUGAUAACAUUAAGUCAUCACUGGCUUUGAAAUACUUCUGCUUAUAUUAAUUUCUGGAGAGUUGUACUCAGUUUUAAGUCAUUUUUAGCAGAUAGGGCUGUCAAAAAUCUGAACAACUCAUCAAACAGAUGUCAUUCCUAAAGCUUUUGCUUUAGAUGUCCAGCCCCACAGACAGAUACAGAAGGGGUGAGUAGCUUAAAGACGUCGAUGUUAAACACUGGUGUAGAGUAACAUAUGUAAUAAACCAUAAUGCAUAUUACUUUUUUCAGAUAGGACAGCUCAACCUCAUAAUGACUGCUUGGUAUCAGGUUAUACUUCUUUUCUUUAGUGGUCAUAUUUUUCCCCAAAUACUAAAUUCAACUUGCCAGAUUUUCUCCUUCAGCUGUAAAAGUCAAUUAAAAAAUUUAUAGAAUCUUUCUAUUAGUGAGCCAGAAAGAUACCAUUCCCUAAAAUUUCAGACACUUGGUGAUUACUCCAAUAUGAAUAUAUCCUAAGAGCAGAAGCAGAGAACUUAGACAUUCUUAUAAUUCUACCCUGGAUCGUCUCCUGAGUGCACCCAUGAAUGCAGCAACAGUUUGAACUAUGGCUUUAUUUUAUUUAAAUUUCAUUCAACUUUAAUGAUCAUACCGGUUUUAGAACUUAUUGUUAAUCUUCAGAGGGAUAAAUUCAAGUGACUGUAAGGUGGGGUAAUUUUUGUAUUUUAUCAAAGUGUUCUAAUGCUAUCAUAUGAAGACAGAUGCUUCAAACAACCUGUAUUAAAUUAUAUUUUAAUACAAUUAAA